UGCCAGUUUCAGUUUUGUUUCGAGUCUGCGCGGUGGAAGUUGUGCGCCGUGUACUUGCACAGUUCGAUUUUGGAGUGUGCUCGUGCUAUUAUAAGUGCUUAGAGAAGUCGACGACGUCAGAUUCCGGCUUUUUUAAUUGCAAUUGGAAGGCACGUGUGUGUGUGCGUGUGUGUGUAUGUCCCCCCUUCUCCCCCGGUACUCUGCACGUUGCAUGUGACGACCAAACAACAGCUGAGCGAUGAGCCCCAGCCCCUGCCCGUGCCCGCGACCGCGCCUCUUCUGGCUCUGGCUGUGGCUGUUGACACUGGCAACGAUUGUGUUAGCGGUCAGUGGCAGUCGCGAGUCUCAGCUGCGUAUUGGCAAGGCGAUCAAUAUAUUUUUGCGUUACGGCUAUCUGGGCAUCUCGAUGCGUGUGAUACCCUACAACGAUAGUGCCGAAAGCGAGCGAUGGAUAUUCAAGGAGCCAACGAGAAACAUCUACAAGAACAUGAGUGCAUUGGCGCAGAGCCAUGAAGAUGAUACGCCAGGCAUUUUCCAUGGCGACUUUCACAUGGAAUUCUGUGAGAAUCGUCGCCAACUGUUCCAGGCAUAUUUCCGUGACUUUACCAUUGAGCAUCUGGACAAGCCAUGGGAAGCAUUCACGGGUGGCUGGUUUCCUCACAAUGCGGCCAAGAAGCUGGGCAUCAACACCUCCUUCAUCGAGGGCGAUUACUCCUAUGUGUUGGUGCGAGUUGUCCGCUUUAGGGAGACUGGAAAAUUGAAUUCCGAGAUCCCGAUCAAUCAGCCAUUGGAGCCGGAUGUUCGAGCGCGCUUCCAACAGUUUCAGGUUGGCAAUCUAACGUCGGCUGUGCGAUUCAUGGAAUCCAUUGGCACACACUAUGUGAACUCGUAUACGACGGGAAACUCGCUGUAUCAGGUAUUUGUGUACAGUCGCAAGAACUACAAAAUGCUGAAGGAUCGCGUGAAGAGCAAAGGCUUGAAUGCUCUAUCCAAAAUCGAUCUGUACAACUAUUUUGCGCCGUGGUUUGCCGAACAUCUGGGCCAAAUACGGUCGGCGAGUGCUAAUGCAACAGUGGAACGCUGGGCACGUCGCAAACUGCAAUUUGAGUACUUUGUGGUCAAGUAUGUGACCCUUCUCAAGCUGCAUGGUAACAGCACGCUGCUGAGAUCUUUGGACAGCCUGCUGGACAACGAUGCCAUCCUGCAGCUGGACUUGAAGGCACUUAAUGUUGUCUUCAGGGAAGAUCCACAGAAGGAGAGCUGGUUCCACGAAGUGCUUGACAACAAUAUGAAACUGUGGGAGCUCAACAUGCCACUCAAUCAUCCGAGUCGAUAGGCAACGCUGGUGGAAUAUAACACAUACAUAGGAGGGUACCAUAUAGUUCCUAAAUGCAAGUUAUGCAAGAAGGCGCCACCGUCUUGGUGGAUGGAGCUGCUACCAUAUCAUGUAACCAUAUGUAGCAUAUGUACUUGUAGCUUAAGUCUGUAGCGCGUAAUUACUGUUCUGCCUGUGAUAGUUUUUAGAUAGUUUAAUUAAACGAAUGAACGUACUUUGAAUAUUAAUGUAGUGUGAAUAUUUGUAAUUCUUACCGACUCGCAUUCAUGCAUUAAACAUUUUUUUAACUGA